UAGUCACACUGAAACUGUCAAGACGCACACACACACACGCGCGCGCUGUCACUUUGUCCUGGAAACUUUAAAUAACAAGGAGAAAAGAUAAGAAGAGACAGAUAGACAGACACAAGGAAGGAAAAGUCAGUGAAUUACGUGAUUUAAUUGCGAGUGAAAGAUAAAGUGCAUCUAGUUUGUGUCUGUGUUGCUACGUACAGAAGGUGUGUGUACGAGUACACAGAAGCGGAAACGUACACGUAAUACACAUUAUACCAUGCCCGAGGAACCAUUUAGAGAGCUGGGGGUGGAGAAGCGCCCCGUGGACAUCAACGUGAUGAAGAGGAACAUGACUGUGGCCAAGGGAUUCCUCGACAUCAGCCUCCUGUCAGCCAACGCCUGCCAACUGAAGAACAUCAUACGUUUUGGUAACGAAGACACUACUGUUCACUAUCUCAUUUUGACUGGAAUUUCCAUCAGCAUUGUACUGCAGGUGUCAGCUGGGAUCAUCCUUCUGGUGGCGGAGCGUUUUGACAUCAACAAGGAGGAUGAGCAACACCGGGGGGACUUGCUCAACACACUUGUCACCUGUCUGAUUUUCACUGUGUUGAUUAUCAAUGUGUUCGUGGCCUGCCUGGGUGUGGAUGUCAUUGAUCCCGAGGUACCCGACAACCCAUACCCCUCCAAGGGCUUUCCACCGACAUCACACUCUGUUAAGGAUAUUAACUGGAAUGAAGACUAGACGUAGGAUAUGCAACGUGAUAGACCUUCCACCUUCACCAGCAUCUUCCAAGGAUAUUUUGAUAGGAUAUUUUGAUAGACGGAGGGAUAAAUGUAGGAUAUGAAGGAUAGAGAGACUAUGCACCCACACCAGCUUCUUCCAAGGAUAUUUUGAUAGGAUAUGUUGAUUGGAAAAGAGAAGAGCUAGCCUACUGAUGUCGCUCAUUCACUUGUUUUCAUUUGUUCUAGCCUAUAUUAUCCUAGGUAAGAUUAUUAAAUACAGUUAUCCAAUAUAGCUUAUACUAGCCUGUUCUCGACUCUCCGAUGUGGAUAUCAACUAUUCAAGCUAUAUUUGAACUAUCAUACCCUUAGCUUAACCUGUUAAUUACUAUCGUAACAUGCUUCAACAACUAUUGACUCCAAUCAGAUUGAUCGUUAUUCAGAUGAGUUUGUUCAGAAUCCUAUAAAAUAGUAUUCACGGGUUCAGGGAAUUGAAUGCUAAUUUCUGCUUCUCAAUACCUGCUCGGGGGUCGCUGUUUUUCAUUAAUCUUUUCCUGGUGUUUCUGCCAUGUGCCAUUCUUUCGCUUAUUCCUUUGUUAUUAUUACUAUUACCAUACUUAUUAUUUUCAUGUUUUCAUCCCUUGAUUAAUUCUUUAACCGUUAUGAUCGUUCCUGAUUAGCAUUUAAAGCACUUCCACUGCACUUCAGUUUGUCUUCACAGACUGAAACAUAAGAUGCAACAGCGUCUACUUCAUAUAAUUCACACUGGAGCUGCUCAUUUUCGCUUGGAUGCCAUUGCUGUAUUAUUUAACUAGGUUUAAACAUGAAUUGUGCACCACUAACACCACAAAAUAUACAUGCGAUGUGUUUACUGUAAUUCUCAUCUAUCUGUCAUUGUUCAUGGUUAAUAUUAUGUCGAUUAUUUUAUGGUGUUUUAUGGUUUGCUUGAAAUUUGUUACUGUUUAUUUUAUAUUUUGCAGAAUCUAAACAGCAUGCAUGAUUUAUCGGCUUUGUCCAAACUAUCUGAAAAUCUUCUGGAAGUUAUUAUAACAUUUUUUUUUCGCAUAUAUUACUGUAAAAUUAUCAACUAAAGAACAAUAAUAAUUA